AUGCUGCCGUCGUACUCCCCCAAAGGCCGCAAGCGCUCGCAGCAGCUGCAGCUCUGGAAGCGCGUGGGGAUCGCCGGCGGCCUCUUCAUCCUGGCGCUGUUCCUCUGGGUGCAGUACACCAUCCUCACCACCAACUUGGGCGGCAUCCCGGCGCACGUCGGAGAGCUGCAGGGCGCCACGCAGCAGGACUCGCAGCACCCAGACACUAAUGAGCAGGCGCAUCUUCGAGGCAAUGAGCAUCACGCGGGUCCGGCAGCAGCAGUGGGGAAGGAAGGAGGCGACACGGAAGCAGUAAAUCACGCUGCGGGCGCAGGUGGAGGCGGUGGCACCAUGGAAGAGAUGCUGGCGGACGAGGAAGUCGCCGACGUGGUCGAUCCCGACAUGACUGUUACCGCCGUUCCCUCCGACCAGCAAGAGGCUCGGCGUCUGGCCGUACGCAAGGCCAUGAAGUUUGCGUGGGGCAAUUACGAGGAGCACGCGUUCGGCGGAGACGAGGUCGACCCAGUAAACGGCUGGAAGCUCAGUAAUGUGUGGGGCGACAUUGCCUGCUCGCUGGUGGACGGCAUCGACACGCUCUGGAUCAUGGACUUGAAGGAUGAGUUCCAGCGUGCCAGAGACUACGUUGCCAACCAGCUUGACUUCUCACAUUUAGGACGCGACGGCAACAAGGUCUCGGUCUUUGAAACGAUCAUCCGCGAAGUGGGCGGUCUCUUGAGCGCCUUCGACUUGUCUGGCGAUAUCAUCUUUAAGCAAAAGGCCAAGGAGCUUAUGGACCUUCUUACAGCUGCUUACGACGAGAAGGAGGGUGUGUUUUACACACUGUUGAACCCGUACACCAAGGAGAAAAGCUUCGCUGCGUGGGCUGGCUAUCGGGCUCACAUUGCAGACAUCGGUACGCUCCAGCUAGAAACACGGUAUCUGUCAGACAUCACGGGUGACCCGAAAUAUGCCGAGAUGGGCGACGCUUUCUAUCAGAUCUUAAAGCGCGAAGGCUCAUACAAGAAGACGGGUUUGUUUCCGGUGCACUUCAAUGCUGGUCGCGGGAAGUUCGACGCUGGAGGAAGCGUGAUCACACUAGGUGCGCUGGGCGACUCAUUUUAUGAGUAUUUGUUGAAAGUGUACAUCUACAGUGGAAAGCGAGAGGAGGACGAGUAUCUGCGUCAAUUGUACGACGACGCUGUGAGAGGAAUGGAAGAGCAUCUACUCUACUAUUCCAUUCCAGACGACCUCUACUUUUUGCAGGAACUUAAGGUGCCAUCUUUUUCGGCUGUUCAGCGCAUGGAUCAUCUCCUAUGCUUUGUGCCGGGACUCUUAGCGCUUGGAACGCUAUCGGAAACAGAGGAUCACGCGAAGAACGCUAAGCACCUUGAGCUGGCCGAGAAGCUCAUGGAGACCUGCUACCAGUUCUAUCACCGUCAGCCGACGGGCCUAUCGCCGGAUAUUGUGAGCUUCCCGAAGAUGCGGGUAAUUGACCCCAAGUAUCGCCUUCGGCCGGAGACGAUCGAGAGCCUAUUCUACCUCUAUCGCGUUACCAAGAACCCCAAGUAUCGCGAGUUCGGCUGGGAAAUCUUCGAGGCGCUCGAAGCCCACGCCAAAGUCAAGCACGGCUACGGUGCCAUCCUGGACGUCACAAAAUUGCCGGCGCAGGCGGAGAACAAGAUGGAGAGCUUCUUCCUGGCGGAGACGCUCAAGUACCAUUACUUGCUGCAGGCGCCUGAGAGUCUCAUUCCGCUCGACAAGUACGUCUUCAACACGGAGGCGCACCCACUGCGCAUCCUCAGGCAAGAAGAACAACAGCGUCUCGGUGCGUUGACGCCGGCGCUGGCAGAGACCAAGGCACGGUCUCAGCGAGGCCCAGGCUUGGUCUCCGUUCGCCCGCUCGACGGCAGCCAUCGCCUCCCGACAGCCAAGCCUGCGAUGCUGCCGCUGUCGCCACGCCCACAGCAGCCGCGGUGGCAGGCGGCCCAAUGUUUCGCGCAAAUGUUUGCGGGCGACACUGCCAGCGCACUUGGCGGCCCGCCAAGCGCGCUCCGUCUUCGUGCAGCCCGAUCCGACUUCAUUUCAGCGCGCGAACUGAACCGACACAAACUUCGCACAGCUAUGAACGCGGACUAA